CCCACCUUUUUUUCUAUCCAUAUUAUUGUUGCUUGCAAAAUUUGCAAGGCUCCCAUAUCUUUCCAAACUCACGAGUCUCUCUCAAACUAAUCAAAUCUCAAUUUUUUUUCCAUAAUUUUGAUUGUUAUUACGGUUUUUAUUACAUCCACAAAUGGUACCAUCAAAGCACAGCCACAGAUUCUUCAAGUUCAGGAUUAAUAUUCCAGUUCCAUGCCAAAAUCCAACAUGUGCUCAUUUGAUACUCUAAGUUUUUUGAUAUUAUUGGGAAAACAGUCCUCCUCCACAAGCUAGGUUCAAUUUAUUUCCAGUACAUUAGUUGACAAAUAUUGUUCUCUCUUCCCUACCACACCCUACAUCUCAACAGUUUGCUCCAUUUAGUCUGUCCUUUUCUGAAAAAAAAUCUUUGAUUAGAAUCGGAUCUUCUUCUCUUCCUCUAUAUUUAAAUUCCUUGGUACACCUUCAUCUUCUACCCAAAUGGUUACCAAAAACUACGAAAGAUCGUGUGGUGUUGUGGAAAUGGCUUGGAUCAUGCUCAGCGUUGAUUACUCGAGGCUUUUCUGGUUGCUGUAUAGAGUCUUCUCUUAUGAAAAUCAUGAGGGAAAGCCUCGGAUUUCCUAGCACGUAGAGAAAAGUCUUCCACAAGCCUCAUAGUAAGUUAGUUAGUGUUGAAUUAUAAGUUUAUAAUUACGAGGUAUUGCGUACGUACUACGUAGUAUAUAAUCAAGUGAAAAGCUGCUGGGACUUGUUUGUGGUCGGAGAGUUUCAAAGGGUUGCUUGAUUAGUUCUCAACCAUGAACAAGAACAACAGCCGGAUCGGAAGCAGGUCUGCCAAUGGAGGCAGGCCACAAUCACCUGCUUACGUUGAAACUGAUCCAUCUGGUCGCUAUGGACGUUUCAGGGAAAUGCUUGGCAAAGGAGCCAUGAAGACAGUUUACAAGGCAUUUGAUGAGGUCCUCGGAAUGGAGGUGGCUUGGAAUCAAGUCAAGCUUAAUGAUGUCUUUACUUCACCGGACGAACUUCAGCGCCUAUACUCCGAGGUUCACCUCCUCAAGAACCUCAAUCAUGACUCCAUCAUCCAAUACUACGCAUCUUGGAUCGAUGUUAAUCGCCGAACCUUCAACUUCAUCACCGAAAUGUUCACCUCCGGCACUCUCAGAGAGUACAGACAGAAAUACCAGCAAGUGAAUAUUGGAGCAGUGAAAAAUUGGUCCCGACAGAUCUUGCGUGGUCUGGCUUAUUUGCACAAACUUGAUCCACCUGUGAUUCACAGAGACCUCAAGUGUGACAACAUCUUUGUUAAUGGCCACCUAGGGCAAGUCAAGAUUGGUGAUUUGGGCUUGGCUGCUAUUCUUCGUGGUACGCAACACGCCCACAGUGUCAUAGGUACACCAGAAUUUAUGGCGCCUGAAUUGUACGAUGAGGAAUACAAUGAGCUGGUAGACAUAUAUGCCUUUGGCAUGUGUGUGUUGGAAAUGCUUACUUCAGAAUAUCCCUAUAGCGAGUGCUCAAAUCCUGCCCAAAUUUACAAGAAAGUUACUUCAGGGAAGCUACCAAACGCAUUCUACAAUAUUGAAGAUUUGGAGGCUCAACGAUUUGUAGGGAAGUGUCUGGAGAAUGUUUCAAAGAGGUUGCCGGCACAUGAGCUAUUGCUAGACCCUUUUCUAGCCUCUGAUGAUGGAGAGCUAGCGUCUUCCCCAAGAAUCCCAUUUCUGAAGUUAAUUCCUGAUAAUGAUCCAGUCGUGGAGGCAGAGGAUGAGGAGGAUGAGCUACAUUUUGCCGCUGAGGUUGAUUUGGAAAGAAGCACAAACAUGAUCAUCACUGGAAAAAUGAAUCUAGAGGAUGAUACUAUUACUCUCAAAGUUCGAAUUUCUGACCUGGACGGGAAAAAUGUUAGGAACAUAUACUUUCCCUUCGACAUUUUGAACGACACUGCGAUUGAAGUAGCAACGGAGAUGGUGAAAGAAUUAGAAAUCAAUGACUGGGAACCGCCAGAGAUCGCAGGGAUGAUAGAAAACGAGAUAUCUUCUUUGAUUGCGGGUAGUAAAUGGGGCUCACCCCGAGAUUAUCAUCCUCAUCAGCACAGCUUUAACUAUGAAGAAGAAGAUGAUAAUAAUAAUGGUGGUAUCACCCAUCAUCCUUUCUACGCAUUCUCUUCCUGCUCUUCAUCCCAAAAUUCUCUUCAUGCUUUGAGCUUUCACUGCAAGAAUCAUGAUUCGCUUCAAGGUGAUCUGUUUAUGAAUGAUGAUGUGAGUUCUCAGAGUUCAUUCGACUCCUGCAACUACUCCAACAUAAGUUACUACUCAGGCAAUGAAGAUGAUCUCCUUGACAUGAGCUUCGGAAAGACUACUCACAAAUCUACUCUUUGUCCUUCAAAAAGCAGGGUUGCAAAUACUUACAAACAUUGCAAUUCACAACUAGAUAACCACAGACCUCAAAAAUUGAAUCAUCAUCAUGAAAGAAAAUUACCCAAAAUUCAAUCACUCAUUGACGUGCACAGCCAAUUGUUGCACAGGUCACUGGUGGAGGAGGUAAACAAGAGGUGGUUGUUUAAGACUGUUGGGACAAUUGAGAACGUUGGGUUUCAAACACCAGGAAGCUAGCAGUUGUAGUUUCCUUGGGAGGCAAGUAACAAGUUUCUUUACACUUGCAAUGUACUAGUGUGUGCGUAAAUAAAUAAUUGUUGUUAAACGUUCGAGCCAUAAGAAGAUUUUAUGGUUCAUGAUAAUAACCGUUGUAGAUUAUGAUUGUUAUGAACCUGAGACAUAAUUCUGCGUAGUGGACUUCUCUUUUGUGUAAAAUUUGUUGGGUUUCGUAUGCCGCUUA